ACGCGCAUAAUAUGACCACCGUAAUAGUUUCAAACGAAACGGUUACGGGAACGGAUCGACACUUUUACCCUUGCAUAAGAUCGCGAAAGCACCCCACACUAUCGUGGUUAAUCGGGACCGAUUAAACGUGGAUCGUGAAAAGAGAAUUGGUCAUUUCAGACGUUUGUGCAAACUUUACUCCUCAAAGUUUGAAAAAAAAAAAAAAAUAAAUAAAAAAUCAAGAGGAAGGUCCAUUAGUCUCAGACUGAUUUGUAAUUAAAGAUAUUCUCAGAGGGAUGAAAACAUAAGGUACCAGAUGUCUGAUUAUCGAUGGACAGAACUAUAUUUAGGUUUGUCAAUGUGAACCAGCCUUUAAAAAGUAAACAAGAAAAUUAUGCGGAAGUCUCUACGACAGAUUCAAUGGGAGGUCGACGUUAAUAAUUAUAUAUUCCAAGAUACUUUGAUUGCAGCUGAUAAAUGAAUCCAGGAAACGCUUGCUAAAAGUUUCGUCAAUCGAGUAGGCUGGGGCAUAAAUCGAUCGUAUACUCGUGAAGGACGAAACAAAUGGCGCAAGAACUAUAGAGUAGUUUUACUCGUUCGAAUAUUUACCUUACAGCCAGGGGGGAAAAAAAUAGUGUGAUGUGUUAAAAGCAUCGGUCAAGCGAGUAAAAAAUUCAUGUAUCGAAAUCACGAUGGACACGAUACCGUUGCUAUUUUAAUACCAUGUCAAGGAGUUAAUUAUUCAUGCUCGUAUUCAAGAAUUGAACCUCGUUUCCCAUUGGGAGAACACGCAGUACAGGAAACUGGGACGUACGGUAAAUCGUUGGAGGGUAUGCGACGAAAACGAGCAUCUCGAUCGGAGAAGCCCAGGAGGAUUGAAGGACGAAUAAUUCGAUGCAAAUUCGUUGGUGAAGGAUCGAGGACAACGUAGUAGCCACAUUGAACAUAAGAGAGCUACGGAACGUUUAAAAAUGUCUCACGAAUCGAGUCCACGGACCAAAAGGACGACUUUUCGAAGGACGAUGACGGUAAUAGCCGCAGCUGAAGCAACCUCUAACAAACGUAACGCUACGAAUGUUCACGAGGACGUUGCUAUCCUGCCAGGAUACAAUGUCACCACGACAGCAAGUGGAGCAUCCAGUAAGACGAGCCACUUUGAAACCGAUUUACACGGGAAUGUUAACAUUCUCCUCGGUGGAGCGAUGCUCAGCGGGGUGAUUAUGGUCGUUUUCCUAAUGUGUUACUGCUGUCACAAGAGUAUACGGAAGAGUCGACCGCAAGAGUAUCCGCAGUACUGGCGAACGGAACCGGAUGUGCACAGUCUGGAGGUGUUCACCACGGAGGCGCACGCGGCGUGCUGCGAGAGACAAUCAACCGCGGAAGGGAACCACGACGAGAGUACCUACGGUGCCCUUUCGUGUCCUGUGGCACCCAGGUCUGGUCCAGGUCCGCCACCCACCUACGACAGUCUGAUCUUCGAUCCAAAGAGUCUGCCAGCGAGUAUCGAGAAGAAGAUGGACGGCCCUGAGACACCGGGUACCAUCAUUCCUUCUAUGGUGUCCAGCCUGCUCGGACUGGCGAGUAGCCCGAUGGAAUGCAACGAAAGCAGCGAGCAAGAAACCGCUGCUACCGACGAGGGUUUGCCUUCUUACGAGGCAGCCUUAAAGCUCGACUCUAAUGGUUACGUGUAAUUCAGCUGGGCUGGUUUUUAAUCGAUCGACGUGGAAGGAUUUUACGAUUCCACGAAUCGAUUACGAGGAUCGUUCCCUCGUGGGAUGGCCGCGAUGCCCAUUACUCGAGCAUGGAAGCGGAAACUGGUGCUAACGUUACUUCCGACUUUUCUCGGUUUCUUGGCUUCUUCGUGUAACGGUGAACGAUUUCUGUGCCGGUGUUUUCAGACAAACCGUGAAGUUUCAAGAAGGAUGCUCAAAGAUCGAGGGAGAAUAAUGGUGAUUCAUCAAGAGGCGGAGAUAAAGUUCUGAAAAUUUCAAUUUCAAUGUUUCUUCUGAAAUUACUCUGAAAACUUUCUCGGUAGUUUUAAGACGAGCGGGUUAUUUAACACGUUGAUUACCAAGGGGAUCGUAGACGUCGGAGCAUUAAUUGGGUCGGAUAAUUAACCCAAUCUACUGAAACAACAAGCUAGACUGGUAAUACAUUGCUUAAGCAAGUGUAAUAUCUUUAUCUAUGGCAAUCAACGUGUUAAUAAUUAGCUUCUAACGCGCUGAACACUUCUUUCCAAUCUUUUGCUUCAAUCUUUAAAUGUUUAUAAGAGAUCGUGGUAGAUUGGUAAGUUGCAAAAUCGAAAUUAAACCGUAGUUGUUAAUCUUUAGAUAUAUUCUAAGUAGGAUUAUACCAUAAGUGUCUUCAAAUUAUACGAAAGUUUCGGAAGAAAAUCUUCAAACGAGUUCGUUUUAUUUGUUCACUGUAGGAAUGUACGGGUACCCGAUAUUACGGGCCCGGGCGGGCGUCCGAUACAUGCGUGCAGUCGGGCAGCCCGACUGUUUCGGGUUCGGUCGGGUACAGUCGGGUACAGUCGGGCUGAGUCGGGACCCAACUCUCAUAUACUUGUUAGAGGUGUGCGAGUACUCGUAAUUUACAAGCCGAGCUGAACUCGCUUCGAUUGUUCGA